AUGACACACACAAAGGAUGCCGCACUGGAAGAGCCCACGGGCGAGUACCGUCAGUAUUUGCCGGACUUGACCCUCCCGCGGUUUCAAACAAUGUGCACCCAGGACGCGCAUGAAUAUGCACAUGCCUUCAAGACACAAAAGCAGCCGCCAUGGCUACAUGCUUUGUACAUGCACUGGCUGGACCUUCUCCAGGAACCCUUCAAGGGUAUCACGAAUGACGGCAAAGUGCGCUCCGAUCUGUUCCCAUUGCAAGAUGAGAGUGUGCCCAUCGGACAGAUUGUCGAUGCGACGCAAUCAUUCUUGACACUUUUAAACAACCAGCAAAAGGAAGCUGUCUGCUAUCACAUUGAUUCGCCGGAAUGGCGCACAUGGUCCAAUCCCGAGUUUCUCCUCUCACACAAGGGCAUUCGGCUCGACGAAGUAUCAUCGUCCAUCCGGGAUGCUGUGAUGAACAUUUUGAAAUCAACCCUCUCCCCCGAAGGCUACGACAAAGCCGUCAAAGCGAUGCGCAUCAAUCAUUUCCUCGGCGAACUGGUCAAAUCCCCACGUGUCAUGAACGAGUUCUCCUACAACUUUGUCCUCUUCGGUCGACCCUCCACGACCCGUCCCUGGGGCUGGUCCUUUUAUGGCCACCAUCUCUGUCUGAACAUUUUCCUCUACCGAGGUCAAAUCAUCGCCUCGCCCUGGUUCACAGGCGCCGAACCCAACGAGAUCGACGCAGGUCCUUACGCAGGUACUCGCAUCUUGCAGAGUGAGGAAAAGCUCGGUCUGGAACUGAUGCAAUCCCUCUCUACCGAGUUGCAAUCCCGUGCGCGCGUAUUUGCCCAGAUGAAAGACCCAGCCAUGCCCCCGGGUCGCUGGAACAAGGAUGACCAGCGCCAUGUAUGCGGCGCAUACCGCGACAACCGCGAAGUUCCGUAUGAGGGGAUUCUCGCUUCCACCUUUGACGCAAAGCAAAAGGAGCUGAUGUAUGGGAUCAUCGAGCAGUACUUGUUGUAUUUGCCGGCGAAGGCGCGAGCGAUGAAAUUGGAACAGGUUCGCCAGUACCAGGCCGAAACGUACUUUUGCUGGAUUGGCGGCUUCUCCGAUGACGACCCGUUUUACUAUCGUAUUCAGAGUCCCGUGAUCUUGAUCGAAUUCGAUCAUCACUCGGGCGUAUUUUUGAAUAACGAGGAGCCGAAGAAGUUCCAUAUUCACACGUUGCUGCGCACCCCGAACGCGGGUGACUACGGACAUGCACUGCGGGUGCAGAUUCCCGCCGUCGAGGGCUUGAAUGCCAAGGAGAUCGUGUGGUAG